CAGAACAGUUAGCAGACCCCUCUGGCUGUGGUGAUAGUGGGAGCUUUGCAUUUGCUGCUGGUUCAUUCAAGGCCGCACACUCACUCACACACUCACACGCGCGCCUGACUGUACAGUUUCUCCAUGACUGGAUGGAUGACUGUGUAGGGGCCUUGCUAGAGAUGGAUGCUUAGUUUGACUUGGCAUCUUUGUUUCCUGCACUGGUGAUGAAAAGUGAUAGCCUUGAUCGGGGCUCAUACGGCGUCUUCUCCUCCGAGCUUGUUCACCGAAAGUGACAGCUACAAACUCCACCACGCAGACAAUAAAUGAAGCCACUGACUGUUCUUCCCUGAUGUCAUGAGUUGGGUGUCCUCCUCACUUCUGUGUAACCUCACCACCUGGACCAUUUUAGCCCCACCCUCUGCUCACCUAUGCCUGCAGGAUCAUGGGAAGUGUCAGCAGCCUAAUCAACGGCAACAGCCUCAACACCAAACACUGCAAGGCCUCCGAGUAUCGAGUAAGAAAGGGAACGAACCAGCACAGAAGGAGCGGAGGCUGCAGCCUUGACGGGCUACUGAACUGUGGCUUCACUCCGGGCUCCUCGUCUUCAUCGCAUCCCUCCAAAGGUCUCGCACACUCCCGCUCAGGACGAAGUGAAGAUUUCUUUUACAUCAAGGUGAACCAUAAACCGAGGUCAGUGCAUCACAAAGUGGGAUCAAUGGAGGACCGAGGGAACAGAGAUGGAGAAUCAAAGGCUCAACUGCAACCAAAGCUGCCGCUCAUGUCGGGGAAAAAGACUGAGAUGACCAAUCCUGAGAAGUCACUGGUCCAUUCCACUGCCUUCAAGCCUGUUCCUCUCCAGAGUACGUCUUCCACAGAGACGGGCCACAGCAGCCUGGAUCACAUCCUUUGUCCUCUAGAGAAAGCAAGGAGUAGACACAAGCAGGACACCUUUUCAGGCACACUCUCAGACUCUGGACGGAACUCUAUGUCCAGCCUGCCCACCCACAGCAACAGCGGCAGCCUAAGUGCCUCCACAGGCCCCGUCAGUCAGAGUGAUGGCACCUCUGCUCCCACAAACAGCCUCGGCAAGGAACUACAACCCAGUUUGCCUUCGUGGGUCAAGGGAAGUGGCGCUGACCUUGACUGCAGCUACAGGACUGUGUUAAACACGGCCGCUUUGGCGGCGAAGGUUAACGCCGGCUCCCCGCCUUCUGCACAUGAGCCGGGUCCUCUCUGUGAAACAGCAGGGGGGAUUCGGUCCCCCAUUACUACAGAUGAGUCACUGAUUGAACGUCUGGAACAAAGGCUGCUGGAACGAGAGAGUGAACUGCAGGAGCUACAGGUGAGUUUCGAGGAGAAGGAAGUCGACACCUGCCAGCUGUUUGAAGAGAGACAAAAGUACUGUAGUGAGGAGAUGGAGGGGCUGAAGCAGCGAUGCUCCACAAAGCUGCGACAGGUUUCUCACAUGGCUGCAAAAACCCAGCAGGCCCUUCAGCUGCAGGUCAGCCAGCUCCAGGCAGAAAAGGAGAGGCUUCAGGACAACGUCUCAAAGUUGACCCGAGAGAGGGACCACAUCAACCUCAAACUGAGGUCUUAUGAGAACGAGAGCACACACUUGGCUCCGACACUCGAGGAAACGCAGUGGGAGGUGUGCCAGAAGACGGGUGAGAUCUCCCUGUUGAAGCAGCAGCUGAGAGACAGCCAAGCGGACGUCAACCACAAGCUGAAUGAGAUCGUCAGCCUCAGGGUGUCACUGAAGGAGAACGCAGCAAAGAUGGAGAUGCUGGAGAGACAGAACAAGGACUGUGAAGACAAACUGCGCUCACGCACUGUAGAGGCUGAGGUUUGCCAAAAUGAGCUCCAGCGCAAGAAGAAUGAGGCUGAUUUCCUGAGGGAGAAAGUGGGCAAACUCGAGAAAGACAUUCAAGAAAUGAAACAAGAUCUGGCGAAGGCCAAAGAGGAGAGGUUGCAACACGCCGGUGCCCAGAGUCAGGCCUCAGAAAGACUAAUCCAAGGUUCAGAUUCCCCAGUGCAGCGUCAGGGCGAGGAGAACAGGGAAGACAUCUCCACAGAGGCGCUCCACAGAGAAGUGGAGCGGCUGAAGCGGCAGCUCAGGGAGGAGAAGGACACUCAGGAGAAGCAGGCCAGCAGCUUCGAGCAGGAGAGGAAGACGUGGAACAAGGAGAAGGACAAGGUCAUCAAGUACCAGAAGCAGCUCCAGGUCAACUACCUGCAAAUGCACAAGAAGAACCAGGACCUGGAGAGGAUCCUGAAGGAGCUGACGUCCGAGCUGGAGAGCCGCACGGAGCUGGGCAUGGACCUCGCUUACAGCUCAGGGUUACAGACGUACGACGACGUCAUCGCCACAGAGAUAUGAUGGGAGCACUUAUACUGUCACAUGGUCACAUGGCUGCUGUUUUACCACAGAUAUUCACUGUAUGUGUCUCACUGUCACGUGCAAUGCUACAACUGGAGCUUCUUCACUGCUAAUAGACUUUUACAGUGGUUAUUUAACAGGAUAUACAUCAUUAGUGGGUUGUUGUUUUUUGGAGUCCAUGGCACAAAAAGAGUAAAAUUAUUCUUGAUAUGAUAUGUAAUUACCCUGUUGCUACUGGUUUAAAAGUAAAUACUUAUUUAUUUAAUGUUUAAAUGUGUUUUUUUUAUUUUUAUGGCUCACUCAUCAUCAUCGUCAUCCACUAUGUUGGCUUUUUGGGGCCAGACAAUAGCUGACUCAUGAGUUUUAAUGAUUAAUGUCCUGUGGUGGCACAUGGAAAGCAUGAUUGUGGUUGAACACCUGUCUCUUCAGGCUCUUCAGGAAAAUGACAGUGACGUAUCAUCCACUGUGAGCCCAGGUCUCCAAACCCUAAUUAACUUGUGUGUCUCAUUCACCGGAUUCCUCCCACACGAGCCGCUCUGAAGGAGAUGUAUGGAUUUAAAACCAGUCAAUACACGCGACGUGUGUGACAGCGCUGUUUAGAGGAAAACAAAACAAUAGUUUUAACUACGUGUUCUGCUGUAAUGCCGUGUCACUCGAAUCGGUUGUGAAAUUAAUAUAUUUUAGUAAAUAAAUAAUGAUUUUCUUCCAUUGAGGAGAACAUUUUGGUGAAUUUGUUACUUCAAAAGUCUUUUCAGGCAGUAAAUUAAGACCAUACAGUAUAGGAAUUCCUUUCUUUAUGUUUGAAAUUGGUUCCUCGUGUGAUCUAAACGUCCAAAUAAACCGGGAUUAUAUUAUA